AUGGCUCGGAGGAUGAGCAUUGAUGAGCUGGAGGACCAGCUCCUCUGUCCCAUCUGCCUGGAGGUCUUCAAGGAGCCCCUGAUGCUGCAGUGUGGGCAUUCAUACUGCAAGUCCUGCGUGGUGUCACUCUCCAGAGAGCUGGACGGGCAGUUCCUGUGCCCUGUGUGCCGCCAGACCGUGGACUGCAGUGCCUCGCCACCCAAUGUCACGCUGGCCCGUGUCAUUGAGGCGCUGCAGAGCCGCGGCGAGGCAGAGCCCGCGCCGGAAUCCUGCCCAACACACCACAACCCCCUCAGCCUCUUCUGCGAGGCCGACCAAGAGGUGAUCUGCGGGCUGUGCGGCACCAUCGGCAACCAUCACCAGCACAAGAUCACCCCCAUCUCUACUGCGUACUGCCGGAUGAAGGAGGAGCUGUCUGUGCUGCUGACCGACAUCCACCAGUACAAGAGGAACCUGGAUGAACACUUCAGCAAGCUCAUCAACAACAAAAGCCGCAUCGCAAACGAGGCAGAUGUCUUCAAGUGGGUGAUACGGAAGGAGUUCCAGGAGCUGCAUAGGUACAUUGAUGAGGAGAAGGCCACCUUCCUGGAGAGCAUCGAGGGGAAGGCCACCCAGCUCAUCACCUCCAUUGAGUCCCAGGUCAAGCAGACAUCAGAUGCCCUGCAGAGGCUUAAGGAGAUGCAGAGCUCUCUAGAGGCACUCAGCAAUGAAAGUCAGCUUGAUUUCAUCCGGGUGAGUGCACUUGCUAGCGAAGGCAAGCUCCCCAGCCUCCACCCCAGUGAUGGCAUCUUUAGCCCUGUGUCCUUCAAGCCGUGCUUCCACCAAGAUGACAUCAAGAUGACUGUGUGGAAGCGCCUGCAUCGCCGUGUCCUGCCAGCUCCAGAGACGCUGAAGCUCGACCCGGUGACAGCACAUCCCCUCCUGGAGCUCUUCAAGGGUGACACAGUGGUGCAGUGCGGGCUCUACCAGCGCCGGGACAGCAACCCCAAGCGUUUUGACUCCAGCAACUGCAUCCUCACCUGCAAGGGCUUCUCCUGCGGCCAGCACUACUGGGAAGUGAUUGUGGGCACCAGGAACCACUGGCGCGUGGGCAUCAUCAAGGGCACAGUCAGCCGCAAAGGGAAGCUCAGCAAGUCUCCCGAGAACGGUGUGUGGCUCAUCGGCGUGAAGGAAGGGAAGGUCUACGAGGCCUUCAGCACCCCGCGGGCCCCCCUGCCACUGACCACCCGGCCCCAGCGCAUCGGCAUCUACCUGCACUACGAGAAGGGAGAGCUGACCUUCUACAAUGCUGACAACCCUGAUGAGCUCAGCCCCAUCUACACCUUCCAGGCAGAGUUCCAAGGCCAGCUCUACCCCAUUGUGGACCUGUGCUGGCCAGAGCGAGGACCCUACUCCCCCCCCAUCAUCCUGCCCACCCCCGCCACCA